CGUCCCCGCCGGUCCUGCCGACGUGGCGGGGCGGGACCCGGGGCUCCCGCGCGCACUCGGCCAGCCAAGCGGUAUUAAAAUGUCUGAUGAUGCUCGUGACACCAUAGCCAAUGGAGUCGAAGAAGAUGCUACUGAGAUGCCCAACAGUGAGUCCCCUGCUGAAGAUGCAUCACAAGUGCAGUGUGGUCCAGCUACAGCUUCAAAUGAGCCAGCAGCACCAGCUGACCACACAGGAGAGCAGCCUGAGACCACAGCUGUGAGUGCAGAGACCACCCCUACAGGGCUUCUAGACCAGCCCAAGGCCAGCACUGCCGACGAGACUCCCUUCAAUGGAGAAGUCACUGAAGACACCCUGGUUGAGUGCAUUGAUUCCGUCAGCCUUGAGGGAGACACCGGAUCUGAAAUACCUCUGAAAGAACAGAAUGACGCGGCUGUGGACUCCUCACCGCAGGCAGGAAGAUGGGCAGGCUGGGGGUCCUGGGGGAAAUCUCUGCUCUCAUCCGCAUCAGCCACAGUAGGUCACGGAUUAACAGCAGUCAAAGAAAAGGCAGGGGCAACCCUCCGAAUCCACAGUGUCAAUUCCGGAUCUCCGGAAGGGGCCCCAACCGAUGCCGAAAACGGGAUCUCUCAAAAUGUGACUCCAGAUCAGGACCCUGCCGGAGGCCCUCACACUCCUCCUCCAUCAGGGGCGGCAGGGUCUAGGGGCAUGCUCUCAGCCCUCACCAACGUGGUACAAAACACGGGCAAGAGCGUCCUCACCGGAGGUCUGGAUGCUCUAGAAUUCAUUGGCAAGAAAACCAUGACCGUCCUUGCGGAGAGUGACCCAGGGUUCAAGCGCACCAAGACACUGAUGGAGAGAACCGUUUCCUUGUCCCAGAUGCUGAGAGAAGCCAAGGAGAAGGAGAAGCAGAGGCUAGCCCAGCAGCUCACGGCGGAGAGGACUGCACACUAUGGGAUGCUGUUUGAUGAAUAUCAAGGUUUGUCCCACCUGGAAGCCCUGGAAAUUCUGUCCAAUGAGAGUGAGAGCAAGGUUCAGUCCUUUUUAGCAUCACUGGAUGGAGAGAAGCUAGAGCGCUUGAAAAAUGACCUAAUUUCUAUCAAAGACAUCUUUGUAGCCAAAGAAUCAGAGAACGAAGCAAAUCCGGAAGAACAAGGCCUGGAAGAGAGUGGGGAAGAAUUUGCUAGGAUGCUUACCGAGCUCCUGUUUGAAUUACACGUUGCCGCUACACCUGACAAACUCAAUAAGGCCAUGAAGAAAGCUCAUGCCUGGGUUGAAGAGGAUCGAAGCGUGGUGUCAAUAGACGUGGCCAAAGGGUCGGAGGAGGAAGAGAAGAAAGAAGGAAAGGAAGUGGACGCUGACGAACCGGAAGAAGACAAAAUGGGGGGCAAAGGAGCUAAGACUGUAGAGGAAGUGUACAUGCUGUCCAUUGAAAGUCUGGCUGAAGUCACUGCUCGCUGCAUCGAACAGCUUCAUAAAGUUGCAGAGUUGAUUCUCCAUGGACAAGAAGAGGAAAAACCAGCUCAAGUCCAAGCAAAAGUUCUGAUAAAAUUAACCACGGCAAUGUGCAAUGAAGUAGCCUCCUUAUCGAAGAAGUUUACAAAUUCCUUAACCACUGUUGGGAGCAACAAGAAGGCUGAAGUCCUUAACCCCAUGAUCAAUAGUGUGCUUUUAGAGGGCUGCAAUAGCACCACAUAUGUCCAGGACGCCCUCCAGCUGCUGCUCCCGGUACUGCAGGUCUCCCACAUCCACACCAGCUGUUUGAAAGCUACAGCCCAGACAGAUUCCAGCUAGUUCGAUGGGCAGGCCACAUCUCAUCACUGCGUACCAUUUCAAGGCAACGGACUUCUACGUCACUGGCCAGACCAUCUGAGGACACUACAAGCAAUUUUUGCACAGUUUUGAAAAUACAGAAUUAACAUUUCUCUGAACGAAUACUGUUUUAUCAAUAAUUGUUUUCUUUAUGUUAACUUAAACUUGUACUUGUUUUAUCGAAGUUUUCCUUUAAUUUGCAGUUCAUUCACAAAUAUAUCUGUUUCCCUGGUCAACAAGACUAUAUUUAGAAAUUCAUAGGGAGACCCUAGAUUUUUUUGUUCAGCUUUGAAAUGUCUACCUUUCUGCACCCUAUUUUUCUAAAACAUGGCUUUAAGUGAGUUCUUAUACUGAACUUCAUUUUAUUGCAUAAACAUCAUAAGCAAAAAUAAUGCUACUUAUUUGGUUUUUAAAAGGACAUAAAUAUCCUUUUGUAGUCAUUCGUUUUGUGACAAGAUUUAUUGAACACCUACUAUAAAGGAAUAUGAUAUCACUCCAACAGAUACAUGUUCUUAAAGAUGAUUUAUAAUAAUCUUUAACAUACUUUAAGAUACUGAGUAAGAUGUUCUCUUAAACCAUAAAGUGCUUGCAGAACAAAGUAAAUGGGUGGUUGUUUAAAAUGUGCAACCCUUCAAUUUAUUACAAUUUUCAACCUCUUUGAACUUUUUUUUAAAUUUCAGAUUACCUCUAGGGUAAAAAUAUGUAUGAAAGGGGGUAUGAAACAAUAUUUAUUUUUGAGAUGGCAGUCUGCUAUGUAGCCUUGGCUGGCCUAGAACUCAUUAUGUAGACCAAGCUAGCCUAGAGCUCACAGGGAUCUGCCUGCCUCUGCCUCCCAAGAAUUAGGAUUAAAGGUGUGCACAACUACACCUGCCUGACCUGAUGGAGUAUUUUAGUUUAGGGUAUGUGAUGGAAAAAUUACAAAGCUGAGAAGCAUUUCAACAGAAAACUAAAGGAAUUUUAGCCAAGUAGACCCCGACCUGCAUUUCAAAAAAUGCCCACUAACCCGAUCACACACAUGGUGGUGGCAAAGGGUGGAAAGUCUUUGGCCAAGUUAUUGAUCCAGGGAGACACGUCAAAGACCUUGCAGGGAGCAGUGGUCCUGAUGCUGGGCUCUUCUGAGACACAUCUGUUCUUUCCAGUCUGAGAUUCUCUGGCCUGCUUCUGUUUGAGCCCACCACUGGCAUCCCCGCCAGCAGUGUCCAAAAUACUCCCGCCCAGUGGCUUAUCCCAGGGCAAAUGAUGCCUGUAGUCUGCAAAGGGAGAAAAUCCCUCCUUUGUAUUUGCUUUUGUUCCUGUGUAGAAGCAACUGUGUCUAUCCCCUAGGGGCCAAGUGGAUAUCUGAAUUCUCUCAGUAGCAUUUUUGUGUGUCUGUUUUGUUUUGUUUUGGUUUUCAGCUGUAUGUCUCCUGAAACAACCAAAUAAAAACUCAAGAACAAUUUAUUUGCAACCUAGACAAAUAAAAUUCUCUUAAAAAAAAAAAGUCAAGUAA